AUGCGACUUUUUCGACGAUUUCGAAAACAAAAUCCGCCAACAUCUCCACCACCACCAUUACAAACUGUUGUUAUUAAUAGAGCUCCUAAUUCACCAUCAACUACAUCAUAUACGGAACCAAAUAAUUCAACAAUAAAAUCAACAAAUUUUUCACAAUCAGUACCAAUAUCACGAUCUGAAAUACGUCAUAAAAGUGAAAUUGAAGUUGAAGUAAAACAACAACAACCAUUAAAAAAUACAUUUAGUAAUAAUAUUUCGCCAGUAUCUACUUCAUCCUAUCCUUCGGUGAUACGUCCAAUAGGAAUAACAAAUAAUCGAACACGACAAUUAUUUUUUGAUGAAAAUUCUUCAUCAACACAUUAUCAAAUACCUAAACAUCGUAUUCAGACAAAUUCAAUUCAAACUCAAACACCAUUAUUACAUCAAAAUGAUCAUCAUAUUCAACAAUUGAAAACAUUAAAUGAUGAUACAUUAUUAAAAAAUGAAAAAAUUCAUGUUCUUCUACGUGAACUCACCGAUUGUCAGGCAAUAAUCAAACAGCAGGAACAACAAUUGGUAAACGGUAAAAAAGACCGCGAUCAAUUGUGCUGUAUCAUCGAUGAGCGUACGAACGAAUUACGUAAUCUCAAGCAAAAGUAUGAACAAUUGGAGCAAAUGAUAAGAAAUGAACAAGAACAUAGUAACGACGAAAAGAAACUUCUUUCUCUAUUACAAGAAUCUCAAGAAGAACGAGACAAAUUAAUAAAUCAACAACGACAAACUUAUGAACACAUAUAUAAAUUAGAAGAUCAAAUAAAAUAUUACGAAAGUGAUGCCGGCAAAAUGCGUGAUCAUGUUUUAUGUUCAAAAAUCAAAUUAGAUAAAAAAUUUGAAGAUAACGAUUAUUUAUCAAAUGAAUUAACAAAUAUGAAAAAGUUUUGUGAUCGUCUUGAACAAGAAAAUCAAAAAUUAAAAUUACAAAUUGAUUUUGAAAGAAAAAAAAAUGAAGAAUGUAUGAAAUCAAAAACAUUAAUUGAUUUUGAAUUACAAAAUUCACUUGAAAAAAUUCGUUCACAACGAUAUGAAUAUGAAACCAAAUUGACUACAUUAGAUGAAUCAUUAAAAUAUUCUCAAAAACAAUAUCAAAAUUUACAACAAAAUCAACAUUUAAUCGAAGAUAAACAUGAAAAAGAAAUUCAUCAAUGUAAACAUCAUAUACAUGAAUUAGAAAUCAAGAUUGAAGAAGUUAUCAAAGAUAAAGCAUUAAUAUCCAUCCGUUGUGGAGAAUUAAUUGAAGAAAAUCGUAAAUUAGAAAAAGCAUUAAAUGAUAAAGAAGAUGAUUAUGAAGAAAAAAUAAAUUGUUAUAAAGAAAAAAAUACAUAUUUAUCAACACAAAUUGAAGAUAUAGAAAAAAAAUUAAGUGAAACAAAAAAACAACUUGAAAUAAUAACAAUGGAAAAAGAUGAAACAUUAGCUGAUAUGUUAAUUGCUGUACGUGUUGCAAGUGAAUUACGAUAUGAUGCUGAAGAUCGUUUAAAUAAAGCUAAUGAUGAUCUGAAACGAGUUACAGACCAUAUUGAACAAGAACGAGCAAUUAAUAAAGCUGUUCAUAGAAAACAGAUACAAUUAGUAGUACCGAAUCGAAAUUCAAAUGAACAUUCUGAUUUUGGGCAUGUAAAAAUAAAAGAAAUGAUUCGAACAUUAGAAGCAAAUUCUCGGAAUAAUCCAAUAAAUAUAUUAAAUACUCAUAAUGAUUCUCCUAUUCGUCAACGACCAGUAUCACAACCAUGUACACGUACAGAAACAAAUGCUAUACUAAUAAAUCAUAAUCAUCGACAAUUUGAUACAUCAACUGAUGAUGCAAAAAUAUUAUCUUCAACAAAAAAUAUUUCUCCAUUGUUAAAUAGUAGUCAAAGAUCUGAUACAUCGGUUCGAUCUAUAACGAAUGAACAAUAUGAUGAAAUGAAAUCCAUUGUUGAAGCUGUUUUUGCUCGAAUGCCUGGUAGUGUUUGUAAACGUGAUGCUCUACUUAAAUGGUGUGUAGAAAAAUUAGCGAAUUAUGGAAUAUCAAUAACAAAUUUUUCAAAUUCUUGGAUCGAUGGUAUUGCAUUUUGUUCAUUAUUACAUUCAUAUUUACCUGAUCGUGUUGAUCUUGAAAUAAUCAAAAAAGAAACAAAAAAAAAACGUUUUGAAAUUGCAUUUAAUAUAGCCAGUAGCGUUGGAAUUGUAUCUGUAUUAGUAAGUGAAUAGA